CAAACUGCAAUCAUACAAAAAUAUAAUAGUAAAAGCAGUGCCCAGGGAUGAGAAAGGACACGUGCCAGCUACUCCUCAAAAAACUGCGGCUGGAUAAAGCACGUCUGGCCUUUAGCAGAAUGGGACGCAGAGCCUCAACACAAAUUCAGUGUGCAGCUAAAUCGGAUUCGACAGCACCGGAAGCGGCAACUCCCACUUGGGGCGCUGCGGACACACGAGCCGAGGCUCCCCUCCAGGAAGCAAACAAAAAGCAAAAAAAGAAAAAGGAAAAAGAAAGGAAGGAAGGAAAAGAAAAAGGAGGGCUAGCGGAGAGCCGGGGCCCUGCUCUCCCUCGCCCCGGCGCCGGGCUCCCGGUCGGCGCUGCCCGGCGGCCCACCCCUCGGAUCCCGCGGCCGGUCCGGCGCUGCCUGCAGGCGGCCGUCCCCAGGGACCAUGGCCCAAGUAGAAAUGUCCACCCUGCCGAUGAAAGACAAGGAGUCCUCGGAGAGAAGGAUGGUGGUGAAUUUCCUCAUGUCUGCUCUGGAGUCCAUGUGUAAAGAACUGGCCAAGUCCAAGGCCGAGGUGGCCUGCAUCGCCAUGUAUGAAACAGACGUGUUCGUCGUCGGAACCGAGAAAGGACGCGCUUUUGUCAAUACCAGGACAGAUUUUCAGAAAGAUUUUGCAAAAUACUGCAUUGCUGAAGGGCUGCUCGAGGUGAAACCUCCGUGCCCUGUGAAUGGGAUGCAGGUGGACUCAGAAGAAACAGAAAUUCUCAGAAAAGCAGUUGAGGACCAUUUCUGCUUUUGUUAUGGUAAAGCCUUAGGGACGACAACCGUGGUACCUGUUCCGUACGAGAAGAUUCUGAGGGACAAGUCGGCAGUGGUGGUGCAGGGGCUUCCGGAAGGAGUUGCCUUUAAACACCCCAAGCAUUAUGAUCUUGUGACCCUGAAAUGGAUCUUGGAGAACAAAGCAGGGAUUUCAUUCACCAUAAACAGGCCUUUCCUAGAUCCCACGAAUCAGCCAGGUGGUCACGUGAUGGUGACAGAUGCCGAAAGAUCAAUUCUAUCUCCCCAUGAAAGUUCUGGCCCCGUCAGAGUGAAAACUGAACCCACAGAAGAUUCUGGCCUUUCACUGAAAGCAGCAGCUGUGUCAGUCAAGAAAGAAUCAGAAGAUCCUAAUUACUAUCAAUAUAAUGUGCAAGGAAGCCAUCAUUCCUCUAUGAGCAACGAAGUAAUAGAGAUGGAAUUAUCAAUGGAAGAUUCUACUCAGCUUGUCCCUUCAGAAUCAAGCAAGGAUCCUGAAGCUGAGGUGAAAAUUGAAGGAGACACAAAUUCAUCCAAUAUUACAAAUUCCGCAGCGGGCGUUGAAGAUCUGAACAUCGUUCAGGUGACCAUUCCAGAUAAUGAAAAGGAAAGAUUAUCAAGCACUGAGAAGAUUAAACAGCUGAGAGAACAAGUCAAUGACCUCUUCAGCCGAAAAUUUGGCGAAGCCAUCGGAGUGGAUUUCCCUGUGAAAGUUCCUUACAGGAAAAUCACAUUCAACCCUGGCUGUGUGGUGGUCGAUGGCAUGCCCCCCGGGGUGUCAUUCAAGGCCCCCGGUUACCUGGAAAUCAGCUCCAUGAGAAGGAUCUUGGAUGCCGCCGAGUUGAUCAAGUUCACGGUCAUUAGACCACUUCCAGGACUUGAGCUUAGUAAUGUGGGAAAGCAAAAGAUAGACCAAGAAGGCCGGGUAUUUCAAGAAAAAUGGGAGAGAGCCUAUUUCUUCGUGGAAGUGCAGAACAUUCCUACCUGUUUAAUCUGCAAACAGAGCAUGUCAGUGUCCAAAGAAUACAACCUGAGGCGCCAUUAUCAAACCAACCACAGUAAGCACUACGACCAAUACACCAACAAGAGGCGCGACGAGAAGCUUCACGAGCUGAAGAAGGGGCUCAGAGAGUACCUCUCACAGUCAGCAGAGGUCAUUUGUCCUGAGCAACCACAAGGGUUUGCCAACGUCAGUCCGGCUGAAAGUGCUGCCGUGCAGCCUGUGGAAGACGUGGCUGGGAAUUUAUGGGAGAAGUUACGGGAAAAAAUCAGAUCAUUCGUGGCAUAUUCUAUUGCAAUCGAUGAGAUCACGGACAUAAAUAAUACCACCCAGCUGGCCAUAUUCAUUCGUGGCGUCGAUGAGAAUUUUGAGGUGUCCGAAGAACUUUUGGAUACAGUCCCCAUGACAGGCACAAAAUCUGGAAACGAGGUAUUUUUGCGUUUUGAGAAAAGUCUUAAAAAGUUCAAUAUCGACUGGUCGAAAUUAGUAAGCGUGGCCUCAACGGGCACACCCACGAUGGUAGAUGUGAACGACGGGCUUGUUACAAAACUCAAGUCCAAGGUGGCGACGUUUUGCAAGGGCUCAGACCUGAAGUCUGUUCGUUGCAUUUUUCACCAGGAAUCACUUUGUGCUCGGAGGUUAAAGAUGGACCAUGUCAUGGACGUGGUGGUGAACUCCGUGAACUGGAUCUGCUCCCGUGGACUGAACCACGGAGAGUUCACAACCCUGCUUUAUGAGCUGGACAGCCAAUAUGGCAGCCUCUUGUACUACACGGAGAUUAAGUGGCUCAGUCGUGGGUUGGUGCUGAAGAGAUUUUUUGAAUCGUUGAAAGAAAUCGACACAUUCAUGUCAUCCAGAGGAAAACCUCUGCCACAACUGAGCUCUAAAGAAUGGAUCAAAGACUUGGCCUUCUUGGUUGACAUGACAAUGCAUCUGAACACCCUGAGCAUCUCUCUCCAGGGCCAUUCCCAAAUAGUUACACAAAUGUAUGACUUGAUUCGGGCGUUCCUGGCAAAACUGUGCCUCUGGGAAACGCACUUGGCCCAGAAUAAUCUGGCCCACUUUCCCACACUGAAAUCGGUUUCCAGAAAUGAAAGCGAUGGCCUGAACUACAUUCCCAAAAUUGCAGAAUUAAAGACUGAAUUCCAGAAAAGGUUGUCUGAUUUCAAGCUCUACGAAAGCGACUUGACCCUGUUCAGCUCCCCUUUCUCCAUGAAGAUCGAGAGUGUGCACGAAGAGCUGCAGAUGGAGGUGAUUGAUCUGCAGUGCAACACAGUGCUGAAAACUAAAUAUGACAAGGUUGGCAUCCCAGAAUUCUACAAAUACCUCUGGAGUAGCUACCCAAAAUAUAAAAACCACUGCGCAAAGAUUCUCUCCAUGUUCGGGAGCACUUACAUUUGUGAGCAACUGUUUUCCAUUAUGAAACUGAGUAAAACUAAACAUUGCACCCAGCUGAAGGAUUCACAGUGGGAUUCUGUGCUACAGUUUGCAACGUGAUGAAGACAAAAAAAAAUCCUUGUAAGGCCCCUGGUGUAUAAGAUGCGAAUCCUCUAGUCCCACGGGAUUGUGAGAUGAGAAAACAAAUGAGUAAAUAGUUCUGUUUUUCCAUUUUUUUUUUUCCCGUUUGGAAUUGGAAAUACAAUUUGCAGAUUCAUACCUGUUUUAUGACAUUUUGUGCUUUGCUGUAGUUCAGUAAAAAUCAAGGAAGUUUUAUUGGA